AUCACCGCCCGCAACCGCAAAGCGAAUCCAAUCACCGCACGGCUCUCCGCCCGCCACGCCACCACACCAAACCGCCGCCAUGCCGCGUGCUUCCGGCCGUCCGCCGUCGUCGGAGCAGGGCCCGACCGCCUCCCCCUCCACCCCGCCGGCGGAUUCCUCCAUCGCGGCCCUCAUCGACCGCGCCACCUCCACCACGGCCCCCUCCGUCGACCCCGCACUCCUCCGCGCCAUCAAGUCCUCCGCGCGCGCCUCCGAUGGCGCCGUCCGCGACGCCUUCCGCUUCCUCCUCUCCCUCAUGGCCAAGCCCCACUCCCACGUGCGUAAGCCCCUCCCCCCGGAUCUCCAGUUCCCCCGCCCCCGUGCCGCGCGGGAGGCACGCACGCAGGAGAUCUUGACUGCCAAGGUCGAACAGUUGCGGUCCACGAUUGGAUCCAUAAAGGCUGAAAUCCGGUCCACCAUCGAAGAGAUCCGCAACGGGCUGGGCAUCAUCCGGGCUGAGUAUGAGAAAUUCGAGCGUUAUGCAGAUGAGGAAGAGGAGGAGGAGAUUGCUUCAAUGGCAAUGCGGAGUAUCAGGACAGCAUCAUUGAUGGCUGGGCAGUGGGUGCCUGAAACUCAGGAAAACGAGGCAGUUUUUGAUGCGUUGAGGGAGGCGUACCGGCUCCUUAUAUCGAAGCAUUUCAGCACCAUUCAGGAUUGGAUAUCUGUGCUUGUUAGGGUCAAUCUUGCAGAUAAUCGGUUCAGAGAUUCUGCAUUGAAGGAAUUCAUUGAUGUUAAGAAUGAAAUACGUGCUGUAAGAGGCCAGUGCAAUGAGCUUGGUCUCGAUCUUGAUAAUGUUCGUAGGAAGAAGGAUGUUCAGGAGGAAGAUGAAGAGGAUUGGGUGGAGGGAAAGAUUGAAGUUCCUAGUCCUCCUAGAGUUGAUAGCACUGUAGAUGUUGCAGGUUCCAACAAGGACAAUAGGAAGGGAAAGAGGAUGGUGAAUGGAGGUAAUGGUGACUUGCCAAAUGGCGGUAAUAGAUCUCAGGAGAUGGAUCCAGAGAGAAAAAAGCUCCUUACUGAAGCCCCUUUGGUAUCAUGGAGCUCUGUCUUGGACCGGUGGGGUUCAAAUAUGGAUGCACAUGUAAACCAGAGGGGGCUUGAGCUCGAGAGCCAUUGGGGGAGGAUGGAUAAUGAUGCUGUUAUACCUGCUGCAAAGAUUGCAGAGUUAAAUGUUCACCAUUCUAUUUAUAAAGAAGAGCCAGUUGAGAUCCUACCAUGUCAUGCACCUCUGAAGAAAGGAGGUCUUUGCCAGAGAAGGGAUCUCAAGAUAUGCCCUUUUCAUGGGCUCAUCAUCCCACGUAAUGCAAGUGGAAAUCCAAUUGGCAAAAUUGGUGGCAGUUCUGAUGCAGGAGGCGAUCCGCUUGAGCAGAAAGUAGACAUUCGUGAGGCAGGAGGAAAUCCGAUUAAGACAAAUGGAGGCAGUGAUACUGAAAGUACACAGGAGGGUCAGGAGCCCUCUACUUCAAUGAUGAGAAGCAUAAAUAAUGACACAAGCGACAUCGAUGGAGCACAUGACCUGAGUAAAAUUACAAUGGACCAGCUGGCAAUGCAAGCAAUUAAGAAUGUUCGGAAAAGGGACAUGGACAACAAAGCACGGGAAAGAGCCCAACGUGCGAGAAUCCGCCAGCACAAUGAAGAUGUUCUGCGGCAAGCGGCUAUUGCUUCAACGCCCCACUCAGCGGCAGCAUAUGACCAGCCUUCUGGAACAUUGGGCCGACGUGGUCGACGUCGAGGUAAGACGAAGGAACCUACACUAUCAUCAAUGCUGAAGAAGAAAGUUACUGCAAAAGAUAGAAUUGCAGGGAGGCUUCUAAAUGGUCGUGCUAGGGACGCAACAAUAAGAGAAGCUUCUAAUACUGAGGAUAUGACCUACAGAGAAGCAUUCCCAAAUCAGUGGCAGUGAAAGCACACUGAGUAGGUCUUUCUUCGUUAUUAACAGCUUCGUUUUGCUGUGCUGCUGUACGCUUGAGGUGCUUGAAGUACUCAGGGCACUGAAGCUGCUUCCAGCCUGUUCAUGGAAAAUUUCAGAAAAGGAAUUCCUAGACCAUGUGUACAGCCGGAUUGACAAUCGAAAUCGCAGUGUGGUGCCUGUAAACUGGAUGCUUCGAUUUUGUGAAGCAGGACAAGCAGUUUGUCCUCAUUGCCGACCAUCCUUUCACGACACCGAGCUUCUCUCAAGCUACACCAUGGACAUCCAUGAUUCUGAACCGGCCUUAGCAGAUUACAUGAGGUGCCGAUAAACUGGAUGAUUGGUACCUAUGGUUUCCACUGCUAGGAAAGGGUUCCUGUUUUCUCUCUUUUCUUUUGUUUUGUUAUUUUGGUUAUGCCCUUGGCUUGUUCCGGGCAAGAAACAGGUUGACUCUAGGUUGUAUCUUCUGUGACGGAAUUACUGUUUGCUAUCAGAUUUGUACUCUAUGCUGCACUGUUUAGCUUGGUGCUGCCAUCUUGUGUGCAGUGUGGUUCUUCAUUUCUGUAGUAGAUAAUGUCAGCUCAAAGAAAUGGCAUAACCUUUUUCCAACAUAUACUCUAUGCUCAACCUUUUUUCCUCUGUUCUGUAUUUAA